AUGCCCCACAGCUCCGACAGCAGCGACUCCAGCAGCUUCAGCCAGUCUCCCCCUCCCAGCAAGCAGGACUCUUCUGAUGACAUGAGGAAAGUCCAAAGGAGGGAGAAGAAUCGCAUUGCUGCCCAGAAGAGCCGCCUGAGGCAGACCCAGAAAGCAGACACACUGCACUUGCGCCGCUGGUUUCCCCGGCUGCUAGCAGGAAGCAGUGAGUCUCUUCUUUCCAGGGCAAUGACAGGUUUCCUGUGGCAGGUGGUUUUCUGGUUAAAGACGGCGGUUAUUCAGGCGCCCUCCCCCCGGCCGGGCGGCCCGGGAAGCGGCCGGGCUGCGUGUGUGAGAGGGAGCGAGAAAGCCUGGGCGGGAGCGGACCCAGUCACUUCUCGUAAGCCGGGGCCGGGGAUUGCGGCUGGGGCCGCCAGCAUCGCCCUCGCCCGGCCCGGCCCGGCCCGGCUGCAGGAGGGGGGGUUUGCCCAGGGGCGGCUCGGUGCCAAAUUUACCGGAAACGUCUCAUUCGUGAAACUCUGCGGGGCUGAGAGACUUGGAGAGGCACCACCGCCCCCCGAAGUGCUUUAUGCCACACACUCCUUCCACCAGCCCCACAUCAGCUCCCCACGCUUUCAGCACUGA